AUGAGCUAUGGAGCAGAAAUGGCCAAAUCUCUUGAUGGUGCGACACUAGUUGCGACACUAGUUGCGACACUAGGUGCGACACUAGGUGCGACACUAGGUGCGACACUAGGUGCGACACUAGGUGCGACACUAGGUGCGACACUAGGUGCAAAACUAGGUGCAAAACUAGGUGCGACACUAGGUGCGACACUAGGUGCGACACUAGGUGCGACACUAGGUGCGACACUAGGUGCGACACUAGGUGCGACACUGGUUACGAAACUAGGUGAGACACUAGGUGCGACACUAGGUGCGACACUAGGUGCGACACUAGGUGCGACACUAGGUGCGACACUAGGUGCGACACUAGGUGCGACACUAGGUGCGACACUAGGUGCGACACUAGGUGCGACACUAGGUGCGACACUAGGUGCGACACUAGGUGCGACACUAGGUGCGACACUAGGUGCAAAACUAGGGGCGACACUGGUUACGACACUAGGUGCGACACUAGGUGCGACACUAGGUGCGACACUAGGUGCGACACUAGGUGCGCCACUAGGUGCGCCACUAGGUGCGACACUAGGUGGGACACUAGGUGGGACACUAGGUGGGACACUGGUUGCGACACUAGAUGCGACACUAGAUGCGACACUAGGUGCGACACUAGGUGCGACACUAGGUGCGAGACUACUUGCGACACUAGGUGCGACACUAGGUGCGACACUAGAUGCGACACUAGAUGCGACACUGGUUGCGACACUGGUUGCGACACUGGUUGCGACACUAGGAGUGACACUAGGAGUGACACUAGGAGUGACACUAGGAGUGACACUACUUGCGACACUAGGUGCGACACUAGGUGCGACACUACUUGCGACACUACUUGCGACACUAGGUGCGACACUAGGUGCGACACUAGGUGCGACACUACUUGCGACACUAGGUGCGACACUAGGUGCGACACUACUUGCGACACUACUUGCGACACUAGGUGUGACACUAGGUGUGACACUACUUGCGACACUAGGUGUGACACCAGGUGCGACACUAGGUGCGACACUAGGUGCGACACUAGGUGCGACACUAGGUGUGACACUAGGUGCGACACUAGGUGCGACACUAGGUGCGACACUAGGUGCGACACUAGGUGCGACACUAGGUGCUACUGAUUCAGGUUACAUUCCUUGCAAACUCAUAGAUUCCGGAAGCACUGGCAUCUUAUUCAUAUAA